CACCACAGCUGACCCCUCCGGUUCAUGCGCGUAAUGCCACGUUAGUAGCGGCAGACUCAAGACACUAGCUUCACUUGUAACUAAAAGAAGGGGAAAACACCGACCAAGUGGAAUUCCAAGUCCAAGCACUCGCUGUCUUUUGUUCAUUUUUUCCUACUAUAGCUUCUCGCCAGCAACUAUGUUCAAGCUUUUUCUACUGUGCGCCCUGGCUGUGGCCGUCAGAUCCGAAGUCCCCGAGGAAGAUGACGUCCUGGUGCUAAAGAAAAGUAACUUCGAGGAGGCAUUGCAAGCGCACCCCAACAUCCUCGUUGAAUUCUACGCCCCAUGGUGCGGCCACUGCAAGGCCCUGGUGCCGGAGUACGCCAAGGCCGCCGGCAUGCUGAAGGCCGAGGGCUCGGCCAUCCGCCUGGGGAAGGUGGACGCCACGGAGGAGACGGAGCUCGCCCAGGAGUACGGCGUGCGGGGGUACCCCACCAUCAAGUUCUUCAAGGGCGGGGACAAGGAGGCGCCCAAGGAGUACUCAGCGGGCAGGCAGGCCGACGACAUCGUCAACUGGCUGAAGAAGCGCACAGGUCCAGCCGUGACCUCCCUGACCGAGGUCACAGAGGCCGAGGCCAUGAUCGCCAACAACGAGGUCGCCAUCAUCGGCUUCUUCAAGGAUGCUGAGUCUGAGGACGCCAAGGCCUUUGAGCGGGCUGCAGAGUCCAUUGAUGAAAUCCCCUUCGCUGUGACCUCUGAUGAAGCCAUCUUCUCCAAGUUCGAGGUGUCCAAGGACGGGAUUGUUCUCUUCAAGAAGUUCGACGAGGGCCGCAACACCUUCGACGGAGAGAUGACCAAGGAGAACAUCCUGGCCUUCAUCAAGACCAACCAGCUGCCCCUGGUCAUCGAGUUCACCGAGCAGACCGCCCCCAAAAUCUUCGGAGGAGAAAUCAAGUCCCACAUCCUGAUGUUUGUGCCCAAGACGGCUGCUGACUUCGAGGACAAAAUGACCGAGUUCAAGAAGGCCGCAGAGGGCUUCAAGGGCAAGAUCCUGUUCAUCUUCAUCGACAGCGAGGUGGAGGACAACCAGCGCAUCCUGGAGUUCUUCGGGCUGAAGAAGGAGGAGUGCCCGGCCAUCCGCCUCAUCACCCUGGAGGACGAGAUGACCAAGUUCAAGCCCGACAGCGAGCUCAUCAACGCCGAGAGCAUCACCGCCUUCUGCACGCGCUUCACCGAGGGAAAGCUCCGGCCCCACCUCAUGAGCCAGGACAUCCCCGAAGACUGGAACAAAACCCCCGUCAGCGUGCUGGUGGGCAAGAACUUUGAGGAGGUCGUCUUCGACCCCACCAAGAACGUCUUCGUGGAGUUCUACGCGCCAUGGUGCGGACACUGCAAACAGCUGGCCCCCAUCUGGGACCAACUGGGAGAGAAGUACCCAGAGGGCUCCGACACCAUCAUCGCCAAGAUGGACUCCACGGCCAACGAGAUCGAGAGCGUCAAAGUGCACAGCUUCCCCACACUCAAGUACUUCCCUGCGGGAGACGAGCGCAAGGUGAUCGACUACAACGGGGAGCGGACGAUGGAGGGCUUCACCAAGUUCUUGGAGAGCGGAGGCAAGGAUGGCGGUGCACCCGCGGGAGAGGGAGAGGAGGAGGAGGAGGGGGACUUGGAUUUGGAUGAGGAAGGCGAGCAGGAGGAGGACUCAGACGGCGAGGGCGGUCACGACCACGACGAGUUUUAAGCGGUGGCCUGAGGAGAGACGAGUCCUGUGCCCCCCCCCCCCUUACCCCUCCGCCCGAUCAACACCACCAACCUCACCUCCCCGUGGGACUCCCCGUCCCCGUCCCCCGUCCCGGGAACUCUAAAACACUUGCCCCCCCCCCCUUCAAACUUCCCCCUCGCCAGCCCUCGCAUCUGUUCACCAGCUGCGUGGGAGGGCCUGUGCUCAACCCCCCCCGCCCCCACCCACACCCACAACCACCACCACCACCACCACCUCCACCCCUAACUACUGGACGGGAUGGUCCAGUCCUGCUACGGUGGGCCCCCCCCGAGACCUCGAUGUCUUCUGUACCGAGUUAUAUGUUAGCAGUUUGCCGUGUAUAUUUUGAAUCAAAUGUAAAGAGAAAAACUGGCAUUUUGUUCCAACUGCAGAGGGUUUAGUGUCACUUUCUGUCCCUCCGUUUCCUCAUCCCUCUGAAAGACGCCGCCAUCACCCGUCAUCAGUCCAUUUUAAGCAUGGGAGGGGCUGCCAAUGUUCUCUCGCCUCUGGUAUAGACGAGGACCGGGGUUUGUGGAAUGGGUCUCCAGAAGACUCGUCUCUGGAGACCCAGACUUGUCUCUGGGGGGGGUGGGGUUGAGGCCCCCUCCUUUUUGUACGUGUAAACCUUUUUAUUUGUAAAGCGAUCACUACGAUGAAAGCAAACCGUUUAGCACAACGAUUCCCCUCGAAAGCAAUACUGGGCCCCUGUAGUCCUGGCCUGGGAGGGUUUUGUUUUCAUCCAUUCCUUCAACGUGCUUUUUUUUUUUAUUAUUAUUUGGUUUGUUUUAAUGAUUUCAGCACGGCUACCUUUUUAAAGCGGGGAGCAAGGCUUAGCUCAGAAGGGGAGGGAGGGGGAAGAGGGGUGGGGCAACAACAACAUAUUUUUAUUUAAUUAUAUUUUCUUAAAUUUGUAUUUUUUUUUGGCUCAUCAUUGAUUGCUUUGUGGCCAACGGGCCCAGAGGAGCCCCGAUUGGCCCCGCUGGGCGGCAGGGCUGGCCUGACCUGAGGGGUACAGAAGCCCUUGAGGACCAGAACCUCACCGGGGUGGAGGCCCAACCCCUAAGCAGCCCGGGUUAGGUGGCACUGAGUUACCGCCAGUCAGAGAUUCAUUACGGUUACUGAAAGGGUCUCUGCUUUAGGAGGGCCGCGGCCGGUGGGGGGGGGGGGGGGGGGGGGGGGGGGGGGGUUAGGCCGGUCUGAGGGGGGGGGCGUCCACGGGGGCAGCCUCUGGCCAGGGAACAGUUGAACAGCCCCGACCCACACCCUUACUGAACCAAACCCAUCCCUCUUGACUCUAACACCCCAUUCUCUACUGAGGCGUGUGACUGUGUGUGUCUGAGUGCGUGUGCGUGUGCGUGUGCGUGUGCGUGUGCGUGUGUGCGUGUGUGGUAUGAAGCCUGCCUUGCGGUCAUGUGUAUCCAUGAGAUGACUUGAAUGACGACUCUUGUAAUGUCUUUUCUGGUCGGCCAGGCUUAUUAUGAAUGUUUUCUGUUUGUCUUAUUUUCUGUUUGUCAGUGUGGGAUGGGCUGAGUGGAGUAGGGUGGUGGGUUUUUGAACCGCUAUACAGGGGUGGGGAUAAGUUUGACAAAGCAUUCCAACUUGUUCAGUUUAUGUGGAAAAUUGAAAAUGGUGGCCAAAUAAAAAAAGUUGAACUUA